GACUAAGCUCGCUCGACUGUCUGAGCCUCCGAGGGUUCCGAAGCCCAAAAGCAGAGAGAGAGAGAGAGAGAGAGAGAGAGAGAGAGAGAGAGAUGGGAGGGAAAGGACAGAGGCGGAGGGAGAAGAACUACAAAGCAGCGCACGGAGACAACAGUCGUCUCCCUCCCCCGCCCAAACCCAGCGACCUCGACGCCCUCCCUUCCAAACUCCGCAGGAUCAUCGACUUCAAGACCCCCGCACCCAUCGGGUCUUUAAAAUUUUCAACAGACACCAAACACAAGAGAAGAAAUGGAGAUGUUGCUGGUGACCAAAAAGUGAAUUCCAAGGGGAAGGAUGCUUGUGGUUCUAAUGCCUCCAAGUUUAAAGAGGGUGGUAACAAUGAUAAGAUGAGGGCACCUAACCCUGAAGUGGACAGAGAUGAAAUUACAAAUACGAAUGCACAUGAUAAGAAAAAAGGAAAGAGGAAGAGGAAGGCUGUUGAUGACCUUCGUUUUCAGAAAUUGGGUCAGGAUAUGUCUGCUACUGGCUUAACAAAACGAGAGCGCAAGAAGAAGUACCUGGAAGAAAGAAAGAAGAAACAUAAGAAGGCAAAGACAGAAAUUCUAGACUUUCCCGGGUGUGAGGAAAUAAAAUUUGGGGAAGUUGUUGAAGCUCCACCAAAGUUAAAUUUUCCCAAGGCAUUGAAGACCAUCCAAGGUGCAUCGCAUGAAAGACUCCGUAUACAAGCAGUUGAGGCAUAUAGGAAUCGCAAAGGAUGGGUCUCGAGGCCCGGUGUCCAUCUUCCCCCUGGAACCCCAACCCUGUUAUCUUGAGGCAAGCAGUAAUUCCGGGCUUGAACAUAAAGGCCCUCAUCGAUGUGAAGAGUGAUCAUGGUUCUGUAUUUGACAGUCUUCUUCUUGUCACUGAGCUUGAACCUGAAGAAAUGAAGUAGGACUGCUGCGAAGAUCUUCAUCUGUCUAUACGCAAAUUCCUUCCCCAAACAGAUGCGUGGUCCCGCCUGCUUACAAGUUACGAAGACGUGUGAUGUGGUAUAUGAUGUUCAGUAAAAAGAAAUAGUGGGUCUUUUUUGUUUGAUUAAGCAAUGUUACCGGUGGGACGCACUUUUUCAGCCACUAAAGGAUGUAGGUUCCAUCAUAUGCAUGGUUAGAAACAAACAUAUUAUAGAUGGUUUAAAUUCAA